GCCAUGACGUGAGAGUCACGUGACAGAAAAAGCCUGUUGCGCGGGAGCAUAGGGUUUUUGAGUUCGGAAAAUUCGGCGGUGAAAAGCAAGAUGAAGAUUUACUUCUGCGGCAGCAUCCGCGGCGGACGGGAUGAUGUGCACGUGUACCGCAGGCUCGUGCACAAGCUGCAGAGCUACGGGUGCGUGCUGACCGAGCACGUGUGCAACACCGAGCUCACAGACACAGGAGAGGCGGCGGCGCUGGAGGAUCGGGUCAUCCAUGACCGGGAUGUGGCGUGGCUGCAGGAAUCGGAUGUGAUCGUGGCCGAGGUGACGCAGCCUUCUCUAGGCGUGGGUUAUGAGCUGGGCCGGGCCGUGGACAUGAAGAAGACGGUUCUGUGUUUGUUCCGGCCAUCUUCUGGACGCACACUGUCUGCCAUGAUUCGUGGUGCUGUCGAUGGCGAGCGUUUCCAGGUAGUGGACUACAGCGAGGAUGUGCUGGAAAAGGUUCUGGAUGAAUUCUUUGUCAACCUGAAGAACGCCUCAGAGAAGAGCCAAUCAUGACACUUUGGUUAAAAUUAAUAAAGUUUUUUUCUACCAAUCACCUUUCUAGCAGACAUUGCUUGUGAAAGGGUGCCAUCUGGGGGGUUUCUCACUGGCAUUGCAGUCAUGCAAUUAAAAUAAAAGUCAGUCCCUCCA